AUGCGCCCCUCCAUGAGGCUGCCUUUCCGAGAGGCGUUGUACGUCUGCUCCAACUGCAGGUCCGAAGUUCCGCGACGCAUCUCGCCGCUCGCUCGUCAAAUUCGCCGCUAUGCGUCCGAUUCCCCGUCAGUCUUAGAGCGAACUCGCUCGUCGCUCUGGAAGGGCAACAAGGCUCCAGGGCCGGCCGAUCCUUACACCGGAGAAUCUCAAAUUGCGCCCGGGUCUGAUAAAGGAGAGGGAGAGCUCGCCGCUCCGGCAGAGGGUGAAGAGUUGCAGGAUGGUUCUGCAUAUGUUCAGGCGCAGACUUGGGAUGGGCUAAAGCGCAUUGGCCAUACCAAGGAGCAGCUCUGGAAGUUCAAUGGCCCGAGCCCGGUUGAUGAGUACGAGAGAUUCGGCGCCGAUGUCACCCCCAAACCCAUUCCCGCUGCCGCUCACCAGGCGGCUGUCGAGAUCUCUUUGAUGGCAAUGCUGGGCAAGGACCUUGCUAGCGUCUCCGAGAUUGGCGAACACUAUGAACAGAUCCAGGAACUGAUUGAUGCUUGUGUCGUUGGAAGCUCUGAGGCCCAGCAAUGGAACACUGCCAUUCGUUUCCCGGACCAGCAGACCAUGGAGGCGCUUGUUUUUGUGUUCAACCAAAUUGGCGUCCAGACUGAGAAGACGAUUGAGUCUCCUGAGACCUUCAUCUCCCAGGAGAAGCCCUCCGCAGAGGCUUCUCGUGAUCUCUCAUUAGCCGACCCUGCCGUCAAGUUUGCUUUCAUCAAGCGAUUCUCCCAGCUGAUCGGCCGCCGUAUCCCUGACACCGCCAUUACCUCCUCUACCACCGUCGGAGAAGUCAUCGCCUCCCUCUCUGUCACACUGAAGGAGAAGCCCAUUGAUUUCUCCAAGAAGCGUCUCUCGAAGGGCGCCGAGGACGAGUCCCUGGGCCGUAAGAAGGCCAUCUACCUUGAGCUCAUCCGCCGCGGACUCAUCGUCCGGAAACAGAGGGGCCACAAGAACCGGACUAUCGAGAAAGCCACUGGGCUCGAGCCCGAGUCUUGA